AUGCAGUCGGUGAAGAGCUUCCUCUGGGGCCCUACCCCCGAGGAGCAGAAAAGAAAAUGCAAUACCUUGAUGCGCCAACAGACUCGACAACUCGAUCGCGAAAUCAUGAAGCUAAAGCAGCUGGAAGGCAAGACCAAGACCUUCAUCACUCAAGCCGCCAAACGCGCCCAGCGUAACCCGUCGCAAGCGAAACAAGCCGCUCAAGAAACCCGGACCUUUGCACGUGAGCUCAUCAGAGUACGCAAACAGAGCGCGAGAUUGGCUACUAGCCAGGCACAACUGCAGAGCGUAGGCAUGCAAAUCAACGAGGCCUUCUCGGUGCGGAAGAUCGAAGGAAGCAUCAAGGCGAGCGUUGGCAUCAUGAAAGACGUCAACACACUGGUACGGUUACCCGAGUUGACAGGCACUAUGCGAGAACUCAGUCAAGAGUUGAUGAAGGCGGGCAUCAUCGAGGAGAUGAUUGGAGACAGUCUUCCCGACAAUGAACUCUUAGAAGACGACGAGGAAGAGGCAGAGAGCGAGGUUGACAAGGUCCUCAGCGAGGUGCUCAAGGACAAAUUGCCUGCGAACGCACAGCCUUUGGAUCUUCCACCUGUACAAUCAAAUGAGCCCGAAGAGGAAGAAGACCAGGAGGAGCUGCUCGCUCAGAUGAGAGGGCGCCUGGAAGCUCUGAAGAGCUAG